CUCUCUCUCUCACUAAUCUCUUUCUCUACAUUCGUCUCCAAUCUCUUUUCAUAGGAUCAAUCAAACAUCAAAAAUCUAGUCUUUUCUUAUCUCCGUCCCCGAGGAGACAAAAGGCUCGAGAUCUACUGGAUCUGAUAUCUGGAGGUUUCGUCGGUGUUGACUCGCCUCGUGAGAUGGUCGUCUCUGGUUUAAUACUUCUUUGAGGAGAUUCUUUCUGGGGGGUUUGCUUAGAAGACACACACAAAGAUGUCGAUGAAGCAUCAUCAUAGAGGAGGAUUAGAGCUGUCUGCUUCAAAGAGUUUUGUCUCCAAGAAAUUGACUUUCUUCCUCUGUAUCGGUUUCUUCUGCGCGGGAACUCUCUUCUCCGACAGAAUGUGGCCAGAGCCUGAAGCUAAUGUUGUAUCAAGGGAAGCUUCAGAUGAACGGUUGCAUUUAGUAUCAGACGACUGUGAUUCUUCUAAAAAAAGUUUGAAGCUUGAAUCAAAAGACAGCCUUGGAGAAGCUUACAAGAGUCCAGAUGCUAUUCAAACACUGGACAAAACAAUUUCGACUCUAGAAAUGGAAUUAGUAGCUGCAAGAGCCGCGCAAGAAUCAAUCAUGAAUGGCUCACCAGUGUCUGAUGAUUUCAAACUCCCUGAAACCGCCACCAGAAGAAAGUAUCUGAUGGUCGUUGGGGUAAACACUGCCUUUAGCAGCAGAAAGCGCAGGGACUCGGUCCGUGCUACCUGGAUGCCUCCCGGUGAGGAUAGAAAGAAGCUUGAGGAAGACAAAGGGAUCAUAAUGCGGUUUGUAAUAGGCCAUAGUGCCACUCCUGGUGGGAUUCUUGAUAGAGCGAUUCAGGCUGAAGAAAGUAAACAUGGAGACUUCUUGAGACUGGAUCACGUUGAAGGGUACCUGGAGCUGUCAGCAAAGACUAAAUCUUACUUUACCACGGCUUAUGCGUUGUGGGAUGCAGACUUCUACGUGAAAGUCGAUGAUGAUGUUCAUGUAAACAUAGCUACACUGGGAGCUGAACUAGCAAGAUACCGGAUGAAGCCUCGAGUCUACAUUGGAUGCAUGAAGUCUGGACCCGUUCUUGCUCAGAAAGGAGUGAGAUAUCAUGAACCGGAGUACUGGAAAUUUGGAGAAGAGGGUAACAAGUACUUCCGCCAUGCCACUGGUCAGCUCUACGCAAUUUCCAGGGAACUGGCGUCUUACAUAUCCAUAAACCAAAACGUGCUUCACAAGUAUGUGAAUGAGGAUGUUUCUUUAGGAUCAUGGUUUCUUGGAUUGGAUGUGGAGCAUGUAGAUGACCGUAGGCUAUGUUGUGGUACAACAGAUUGUGAGUGGAAGGCACAGGCGGGGAACAUGUGUGUUGCCUCGUUUGAUUGGAGUUGCAGUGGGAUAUGUAGAUCAGCGGAUCGGAUGAAGGAUGUUCAUCGGAGGUGUGGAGAAGGCCCAAAUGCUCUCUUGGCUGCAUCUUUUUGAACGGAAGUAAGAGAAGAAACACAAUGAGGAAAUAAUAGUACAGAGAGAGACAAAGUCAUGCUGUUGUAGUAUAGACACACGUUGGAAAACUACUCAAAACUUCUGUCUCUAUAUAUGUAUCUAUAUGUAUGUAUCUUUUGAACUGAGAUGAGAAGGGUGCUUUUUCCCCUCCUUUCUUGUUUCUUUUAUGAAUUUUUUCAGUUCUCUGGA